AUGAAAACCUUCGCACUCCCUCUCGCUUUACUGAUCGCCGCCGCAAUCGCCAACCCAAGCGGAACACCACUCGGAGAUAUCACAAAGCGUCAGUCUAAGGACUGUCUGUCAGCUUGUGCCAAAGACCGCCAGACAUGUUCGGAAGGCUCAAAUCUCAGGCAGGGGGCACACCGUUACUUUUGCGCCAAAGUCAGCGUGCGGUGCAUUCGUGACUGUUGCCGAAGCUCAGGCUUAGUGGGGGUCAAUGUCGAUGCAUGCGUUCGUGUCAAUGUCAAUAUGGAGACGACGACUACGACGGCUUCUAUCGUUGAGUAUACGUCCAGUUUCUCGGAUGGGAUGGGUUCUAGACUAUCAGCAAAGACGCAGUAG